AUGGCAGCACCACCGCCCAAGCCUGGCCAGCCUGGCCAACCUGGCCAGCCCAAGGAAGCAAAAAAAGGGUUUAAACGCUACAGGUGGGAAUUCAAAGACAGCAAUAAAGAGUUCUGGUUGACAGGACACGCCAUAGCCAAGAUCGUAACUUUGGCCUGCGCAAUCAUUGCUCUGGAGCUCUUCGAAUCAGUGGGUGGACACCCUCUCCUGAUCCUGCUUCUUACUAUGGAGGUGUCCAUCAUCUCUUUUUUCAUAUUCCUUUACAGCUUUGCCAUCAACAGAUACAUGCCCUUCAUCUUCUGGCCUGUUACUGAAAUCUUCAACAAUCUGUUCAGCGGCGUAUUCCUCGUAGGUGGCAUGAUCUUUGCUAUCAAGGCUAGACGCACAGUGCCAAUGUCCUAUGUAACCGCUGUGAUCCUUAUGGGAGUCGGUGCAAUUUUUUCUUUUAUCGAUGUAUUUCUUCAAAAGCCACACUUCAAAAAUGUAAGAUUACGAAAGAGCAGAUUGCCUCUGCUGUACUACUAG